UUCCUCCUGAGCUGUCAGUAGCUCUCCUGUACACACCAAAUGGGCAUUUGUCACAUUAAUCCCCGUUAGUUCCUUUUAAAUGCUCUGCUUUUAUUUGAAAGUGCAGUGUUUACCGCGCUUUGGUGUUGAAGCAACGCAGCGUGGUGAUCGGGUGUGAGUCUCCAUCUGUUCGAGGUGACGGUGUUCUGUAGUAAACAUGGAUCAGAUAGAAGAAGCUAAAUGCCAUAAGAUCCUGAAGUACCACAGAGAGCUGCUGGUGUCCAGGUUGAAAAGCAUUCAGUGCAUCCUGGACAACCUGCUGGCUUGUGGCUUCCUCUGCGAAGAAGAUGUUGAGAUUGUGCAGCGAACUGUCACCAAGACAGAUCAGGUGCGCAAAAUUUUGGAGCUUGUGCAGUGCAAAGGGGAGGAGGCUUGUGAAUACUUAAUGUUCAUCAUAUAUAAAGUACACGAUGCAUACAUAGACCUCCAGCCAUGGCUGAAAGAGAUCAACUUCAACCCAAGCAGUGAUAUAAAGGUGAUGAAGGUGGUUAACACAGAUCCCAUCAGCAGGUAUUGUGAGAAGUUAAGGCAUGAAAUGAGCCGGGACACCUCCUUCAUCAUGUCAUACGGCCAGCAAGAGGACACCCGUCUGGAGGACCUCUACACUGACACUCUGAUGGAACUGUUGAAUGAUGCCAAUGAAAGUCUGGGCUUCCUGGAGAGUAUGGACCAGCUCCUAGGAGACCACGCGGUCUUCAAUCCUGAAGGUGAACUCAUCUAUGUGAUGGGGGAUGCCGGUAUGGGAAAAUCCAUCCUCCUGCAGAAACUCCAGAACCUCUGGUCCAAGAAGGAGCUGCAGACGGACGCCAUCUUCUUCUUCAAGUUCCGCUGUAGGAUGUUCAGUAUCUUUAAGGAAACAGAACAGAUCUCCCUCAAAGACCUUUUGUUCAAAUACAACUGUCACCCAGAUCAUGAUCCAGAUAAUGAGGUGUUUGAUUACAUCCUGCGCUUCCCUGAGAAGAUUCUUUUUACUUUUGAUGGUUAUGAUGAGAUUCAGGAGGACCUAGACCUGAUGAAUGUCCCUGAAAUGGCAUCACCAGAAGACAAGGCACAUCCCAUCCAGCUACUUGUCAGCUUGCUCAGUGGGAAACUACUCAAGCACUCCCAGAAGGUGCUGACGGCCCGGACGGGGAUUGAGAUCCAGAGUAGGGUGAUCAGAAAGAAGGUGGCUCUGCGGGGGUUCUCCCCGAAUCACCUGAAGACCUACACUGACUUGCACUUUAAGGAGCAGGAACACAGAGAGCUGGUGUCAGUUCAGCUGGAUGCUAGUCCCCAUCUCUGUGGCCUGUGCUCCACCCCGCUCUUCUGCUGGAUCGUAUUCAAAAGCUUUAGGCACCUUCACACCAUGCACGAUAGUUUUCAUCUGCCUGACACCUGCAUCACGCUCACUGACAUCUUCCUCCUGCUGUCGGAGGUGUGCCUCAGCCGCUCAACCUCACCUGCUCCGUCCCUGCUGAAGAAAAGCACCCGGUGUGCCUCAGAGACAUUCAAAGCAGGGCUUAGGCCCCUUGCUGCAUUUUCCAAGCUGGCACUUCAGGGUAUGGAAAGAGGAAGCUUCAUUUGUAGCCAAGAGGAAAUCACUGCGUGCGGCCUGAGAGAGGAGGACCUGCCCCUGGGCUUUCUUAGACCUGUCAGUGAGUAUGAUGCCAAUGGAAGCCCUGCUAACUUUGAAUUCCUCCACAUGACCCUCCAGUCUUUCUUGGCUGCGUUUGCCCUUGUGUUGGAUGAGCAGGCUGCUGCAGACUCCAUCCUCAAGUUCUUCACAGAGUGCAGUAGGACCAGGGAACCGUCCUGUCUGCUUUUUGACGUCUGUAUCAGUGGCUCUUCAAAGCCCAGUGAAAAGAAACCAUUUGAACCAAAUGAGCACCUUCAGUUCACUAAUCUCUUCUUGUGUGGACUGCUGUCCAAGGCUCACACUGGCCUGAUGGAGCAUCUGGUGUCUCCUGUGUUAGUGAAAAAAAAACGGGCCUUGCUAAAAUCUUACCUGUCCACGAGUGUAAAGUCCCACCUCCAUGGCUUACCCCACUGCAGUGUCGAAGAAGGCAAGAAAGUCCAUGUUUUGCCCAACUUCCUGUGGAUGCUGAGGUGCAUCUUUGAGACAGGGAGCAACGACAUCGCUAAGAUGACGGCGAAAGGAAUCACAGCAAACUUCAUCAAGAUGGGUUACUGUAACGUGUACUCAGGCGACUGCACGGCCCUGAACUUUGUACUCCAACACCGUCAGAAACUCCUGGGGCUCGACAUGGAUAACAACAACAUCAGUGACUAUGGGGUGAAGCAGCUGAAGCCUUCGUUCUGUAAGAUGACAGUAGUCAGAUUGUGUGUCAAUCACCUAUCAGACAGCAGCAUUGAGAUUCUUGCAGAGGAGCUGUGUAAGCACAAAAUUGUGGAGGUCUUGGGGCUUUACAGCAAUCACAUCACAGAUGUUGGAGCCAAGCUAGUGGCUCAGAUAAUUGAGGAAUGCCCAAAGUUGCGAGUUGUCAAGAUUGGUAAGAACAAGAUCACCAGUGUUGGUGGGAGGUAUCUGGCCAGUGCCAUUCAGAAGAGCUCUUCUAUAUUUGAUGUGGGAAUGUGGGGCAACACCAUUGGUGAUGAAGGAGCAGAAGCAUUCGCAGAGGCUUUGAAGCACCACCCCAGGCUUACUAACCUCAGUCUCUCGGCCAAUGGCAUCACAUCAAAAGGCGGGAAGUUCCUGACAGAAGCGUUGAAAGAGAACAGCGUCCUCAGGAUCUUCUGGUUGGUGCAGAACGAGAUGACUGAUGAUGCAGCUCCACAACUGGCUGAGCUGAUUAAAGCGAACACAGGUUUAACCCACCUCUGGUUAAUCAGCAACCAUUUCACCGUGCAUGGGAUCAGACAUCUCGCUGAGGCCCUGGCUCACAACACAGCACUCAAAGAGAUAUGUGUGAAAGGAAACCAGCUUUCUGAAGAGGAAGAGAGAGAGUUUUUGGAAGAGAAAAGGCUGCGGUUCCACUAACUGGGCGCUCACGUGAAGACCUGCUGAGUAACGUCUGUAUGGCAGUAAAGACGUAGUGUGUGUUCGCUGGAUGCGUGCACAGUUGUUGUUGUUGCGGAUGUUUGGACUGGAACUGGAACUGAAACACCCUGUGUUCAUCCCGUGCUGAUGAAGUUUCAUGUUUCAUAUUUCAAACAGGGGAUGUUUACCUGAAGUUCUGACAAAAUAUUUGACAGUUUCACAACUGUUGGGGGGAAAAAAAGGAAGUGGAAGCACUGAUGAACAGGAAGAAACCAACUAAUGACUUCCUUCUUCAUGAACCUUAUGUAUAGAUUUGAAGUCCAUGCUUUGUUCUGUAUGAAUGUAUCCUGUAAACAGUAACUUUAUUUAUUAUUUGACUGUUAAACAUGAUGAUGUUCAUUUUCCACUCAGCUAUUGGAACCUCUUUAAGGUGUACCUCAGUGAAGACAGUGAGUGACAGAUGACAACCUUGUGAUAAUGUUUACUGUUGUACUGUUGUUUACUGGUGUGACUGAUCUGUGUACAGAGAUGUACAGACACCCUGCUGGUGGAGAGGCUUAUGGCCUCAGGUGACUGAGGAUACUGUUCAUUACUGUGAUGUGUUUCCCUCCACAGCAGACAUUUGAACCACUCAGAGCAGGAAAAGCAGCGGUGUAAUUACUAAAAAUGUUUUAUGGCUGCGUUCCAUUGAAGUGUUCCUGUAAGCCCUGACAGUGAGCCAGCCUGGACAACAGCAGGGCCUGAGACUGAUACACCCAAAUGGAAGGCUGCUGUUAGUCAUGUUGUAAAUGACAAGGAUUUCCAAAAAAAAUGUUUUUGGAAAUGUCUGCUGUUUUAUUCUGCCUUGAUAAAACAUACCAGGCAACUCCUUCAUUGCCUGCAUCAUCCAGAGCUACCACUCCUUUCAUACCGGGGCAAAUCACUCCUGAUUUUUAGUCCCAUAAAUAGGUCAAGCCCCAAAAAUAAGUAAAUCCCACACUUCCCAUAAUGCAAUUCAGUAGCCUCUUUCACUACACCCUCAUACCUGGUCCAUGUGUUCACAGGUUGGGUAGCAACUAACCAUCAAUAAUAAACUGACUUUGACAUGUAAAACUGAUGAAUAUCUAUUGGCUGAAUACGUGGUCCAUCCCCACAAUCAUCAUCAUCAGUCACUGACCUCAGGCCUCAGACUCAUGGUCUGUGUGAACCAACAAGUCUUUGACUAAAAUAAAGUGUUCAUCUCUACAGAAAGUAAACCUGACUCACUGAUCAUGGAGCUCCGUGUC